UCAAAGAAGAAGAAGAAGAACCAGAACCUCCACACAUCAAAGAAGAAGAAGAAGAAGAACCAGGACUUGGUCAGUUGAAGGAGGAGCAGGAGGAACCAGAAUCUUCACAGAUUGAGGAACACGAGGAACUCCGUACCAGCCAGAAGGGAGAACGAUUUAUUCUGAAGUUUGAAAGUGAAACCUUUCAGGUUCCUUCUGUUGAGGAUCAAAGUGACCUGAGUGAAGCCGAAGUACCAGAAACCGAGCAGUUCCUCUCUCAGGACUCUGAAGUCCACCAUGUGAAAAGACACAUUGACUCAGAAUCAACAGGAAAUGCAAAGCUGAAAAAACUCAACAUGUUUCAUAGAAUCGGUGUGAACAACUUUCGUGUUUCAGAGAAGCAGGAUGAAUGUGAAAAAGUUCUUUGUGAAGAAAUGUAUGAGAAAACUGACCAUAAAAAACAUCAAUUAUGUCAGAAGGUCAGAAUAGUCACUGAUGAGAAGAUAUUUUGUGAAGCAUGUGGCAAAAGUUUCAGUCGAAAGAGUCAUUUGAAGGUUCACAUGAGAAUUCACACUGGUGAGAAGCCUCAUUCUUGUGAAACAUGUGGCAAAAGUUUCAGUCAACAAUAUAGCUUGAAGGUUCACAUGAGAAUUCACACUGGUGAGAAGCCUCAUUCUUGUGAAAUAUGUGGCAAAAGUUUCAUUCGUCACAGUUCUUGUUUGAUCCACAAGAGAACUCACACAGGUGAGAAGCCUCAUUCUUGUGAAGCAUGUGGCAAAAGUUUCAGUGGACAGCGUGAUCUGUUGCGACACAUGAAAACUCACACAGGUGAGAAGCCACAUUCUUGUGAAACAUGUGGCAAAAGUUUCAGUCUACAGAGUCAUUUGAAGGUUCACAUGAAAACUCACACAGGUGAGAAGCCACAUUCUUGUGAAUCAUGUGGCAAAUGUUUCAGUCUACGGAGUAAUUUGAAGGUUCACAUGAGAAUUCACACUGGUGAGAAACAUUAUUCUUGUGAAAUAUGUGGCAACAGUUUCAGGCACCGGAGUCAUUUGUUGGACCACAACAGAACUCACACAGGUGAGAAGCCUCAUUCUUGUGAAACAUGUGGCAAAAGUUUCAGUCGGCAGAGUUCUUUGAAGGUUCACAUGAGAACUCACACAGGUGAGAAGCCUCAUUCUUGUGAAAUAUGUGGCAAAGGUUUGAGUGAACGGAGGCAAUUGUUGUUCCACAUGAGAACUCACACAGGUGAGAAGCCUCAUUCCUGUGAAACAUGUGGCAAAAGUUUCAGUCAGCGGAGGCAAUUGUUGGUCCACAUGAGAACUCACACAGGUGAGAAGCCUCAUUUUUGUGAAGCGUGGCAAAAGUUUCAGUCAAAAGAGUAAGAUGAUGAUCCACAUGAGAAGUCACACAGGUGAGAAGCCUUAUUCUUGCGAAACAUGUAACAGUUUCACUUCACACAGUUCUUAUUUGAUCCACAAGAGAACACACACGGGUGAG